GCUGAGCAUUCUGGGUAGGGCACUUUGAAGCCAGCCAUAUUGCUUCAUCGUCCUGACCCAAGGCAAGAGGGGAGAUGAAGGGGAUUCGGGGAAUCAGUCAGCUAUCGAAACGCUUCUAUACGGCUGCCAGAAAAGACCAGUCCCUUGCUCAGCCCCUGGCUGGCCUCAGCCUCUCUCCCAGGGUUGGCCAUUCCUACCAGGAUGUCCACGUGACCAGGCUGCCCAGUGGCCUGGUUAUCGCUUCACUGGAGAAUUAUUCUCCAGCCUCCAAAAUUGGAGUGUUCAUCAAGGCUGGGUGUCGCUAUGAAACCCCUGAAAACCAGGGUGUCACCCACCUCCUCCGGCUGGCCUCCGGUCUGACAACCAAGGGAGCUUCAGCUUUCAAGAUAUGCCGUGGUAUUGAGGCAGUGGGAGGCAGUCUUAGCGUGACUUCAUCCAGAGAGAAUAUGACCUACACCGUUGACUGCUUAAGAGAUGACGUUGACACAGUGAUGGAGUAUUUGAUCAAUGUGACAACAGCCCCCGAAUUCCGUCCAUGGGAGGUGUCAGACCUCACCCCAAAAGUAAAGGUGGACAAGGCACAAGCUGCACAGAGCACCCAGAUAGGUGUGGUUGAAGGUCUGCAUGAAGCUGCCUACAAGAACGCCCUGUGUAACUCCUUGUACUGCCCAGACCACAUGAUCAACCACAUCCACUCUGAGCAUCUGCACCACUUUGUCCAGAACAAUUUCACCAGUGCAAGAAUGGCCCUUGUUGGACUUGGUGUUGACCACACUGUGCUGAAGCAAGUGGGAGAGCAGUUCCUCAACAUCCGCAGUGGAGCCGGCACCACGGGGGCUAAGGCACAGUAUCGUGGAGGUGAGAUUCGCCUGCCCAGCGCCAGCAGUCUGGUCCAUUCAGCCGUGGUGAGCCAGUCAGCAGCAGCAGGCACCAGUGAGGCUCUGGCCUUCAGUGUGCUGCAGCAUUUACUGGGAGCUGGGCCGCACGUCAAGAGAGGAGCAGGCGUCGCCAGUAAACUGGUCCAGGGUGUUUCCAAGGCAACAGCAGACCCCUUUGAUGUCACUGCUUUCAAUACAAGCUACUCUGACUCUGGUCUGUUUGGGGUCUACACCAUCUCUCAGGCAGCAGCUGCCGGUGAUGUGAUCAAGGCUGCUCUUGCCCAGGUGAAGGCUGUUGCUGACGGUGGAGUCACAGCUGCUGACCUCACUCGAGCAAAGGCUCAGCUUAAGUGCCACUACCUGAUGUCUCUGGAAACCUCAGAGGGUUUGCUGGAAGCCAUGGGCAGUCAGGCUCUGACUGAUGCAUCCUACCAAUCCCCUGAAGAAAUCUCCAAAAAAAUUGACAACAUUUCCUUGACUGAUGUUGCUAAUGCUGCCAAAACAUUCGUAUCUGGAAAGAAGACCAUGGCAUCCAGUGGCAAUCUUGUAAAAACACCCUUCGUGGAUGAGAUCUAAAUCCCACCCUCAUCACCACACACUCAACCGUGGUUGACAGCAAAGCAGAAUUUUGUUUCUUCUACAUUUGAACAACAAAAAAAGGAUUAUUUUACAAUGGUGUUCUCCUCAGACAUUUGUUGUAACAACACUGGGUAUUUAUAGGUGUUGAAACAGUAUACUUUCAGGUGAUGCUGCUCUGGUGCAUCACACUCAUGUGUCCACAUUAACUGUAUAGCUGAUGUAAAAUAAGGAAUAAAUUCUAUCUACCACAUGGAGUUUAAGGUCAUUGGUGUCUUGAAUAAAAGUUUGAGUUGGUGGAA